CAUUCUGGGAAUAAUGGAAACCUUUGGGGUUAUCUAUAAAUAAUGUAGUGGAGCAGUAAAGUACUGUAGGCUAAAAUGGAAUUAUUCAACACAAGUAGCCUACCUCAAAUUUACUCACAGUGCUUAAGUAAACCGUUAUAAGCUAAAUGAAUAAGUGAAGGAUGCAAGGAACAAGAUGGGAGAUUUAUGACAUAAAGUCUAAAUAUGCCAAACUCAUUGGCCCCUCUGUGGUUAAUGCUUGAACCUGACCUUUAGUGUGUGCUGUAGUGGAUCAUAUUUGUCAUUCUGACACAAUUAUCUCCUACAUGGUUUUACAGUUGUAGCUCCAAAGGCCAGGUUGCAGAGGUUAAUCCAUCUCCUGAAUAAAGAGGAGUGAACAGUCUGCGAAGCAGAAAGCAGGCGCACAGGACAGGGAUAGAGUUUCUCUCGGUAACGGAUCUCUUUGUCCGCCAUAGAGUCUCUUUCUCCUCCCUGGUGACUCAUGCGUCAGUGUAAGCAACAUUUCAACAAGCUACUACAACGCCUGCUGUUUUUGUUGGAUUAUGAUUUAUUUUUACUUUUCACACUAUAGGAUAAACUCAUGGUGAUCACCGAGUGCGCUCCGCGGUCGCUGCCCGGCGUCGUGUUACUUCUCUCGGGGCAUCAUGGGCUCGUAAGAUGCCUUCUCUGUGGAAACGGAUAACGUUCUCGGUGGCCUCGGUGCUCUGUGUCGGCUCGGUGGCCCUCUUGGUCGUGGCCUUGUCCACUGAGCGGUGGGUCACCGGAAGGAUCCUGUGUAAAACUGGGGCGGAGAUAGUGAACGCGUCCAACCCGGAGCUGGAUCAGUUCGUCGGAGAUAUUUACUACGGUUUGUUUGAGGGAGGAAAGAGCAAGAGGUGCGGGCUGGGAACGAGGUACUCCAAAAUAUACAUCUUCCCACAUCUCGUGCUGACGUUGAACGGUGGCCUUCACGUGAUGGUGAUCCUCUUCCUGUUGGUGGCCGUUGGCUUUGCUCUGGUCAGUCUCUCUUUUUGUAUUUACAAUGCACGCAAGGUUCCAUACCAGAGCAUCAAAGGGCACAAAGGACUUUAUCUGUGGAACUUCAUUGCUGCUUUUUUUGGUGCCCUGGGUGUUCUGUGCUUCCUGGCAGCAGUGAGGCACCACAAUCUGACCGAGCGGGUGGCAAACUACGAAGAGAAUCUCUUUGUCCUUGUAGUACUGGAUGACAGCCUGGACUUGUCUUUUUGGCUGGGUGUAGGUAGCAUUGUGACUCACUUUGCUGUCAGUGGAGUGGUUGCAAUGAGCCGAAUCAAGCUGCCCAAACCAGAGAUCAAGAAACCCGAAGAACCCACCAUCUCCUCUCUGGACCUGCUGUACUGAAGGACUGAACAGGGAACAUGUUAGCGCUUCUAGUUAAUAGUAAUAAUAAUCACCUUUAUUUGGGGAAGUAUGUUACACACAAGGAAUUUGUUUCCACUACAGAAGC